AGCUACUGGGUGGACUAUUUCAGUUCCUGGUCUUGCGGUGGGGUGAAGAAAAGGGGAUUUCUUGAUGUUUCGAAAUAUGACGGAGUAGCUUGGCGGAGUUCAAUAUGCUAAGUACAGCACGAAGGUCGCAGCUUCCCCUCAUCUCGUCCCUGUUUCAGCAAAAAAUACCCAAACCUCUACACCCUCAGAAAACGCUGGAAAACCAUAUUCAUUAAAAGAACGACGAACCAUAAUCCUUGAAGAUUACUGAGCAGUUUUCCCUUAAAUAUAAUUUUUGAUAAUAGAAAUUCAAGUGGAGUCGGAGGUGCUUCUUAUCGGUGUGAUUUGUACAAGUCUUCAGUUUGUCAACAGAGACCAACAGACCACUUUUAGAAGACGUUACCCCCGCCACUCUUAAGUGUUCUUGGUGGCAAAAAUUUAGUUUGUGUACAUCGUUUUAACUUGUGUCUGAGUCUAGGUUUUAUGGCACAGUAAUGGCAUGAACUUUAACACCUGCUUUAUUUGAAAAAAGUAAAACAGCCAUACCAAACCAUUGUAUUGAACUUGGACUUCUUUAAUUGAGAACUUGAUAUCUUUGCUUUAUGUAUACCUGAAGAAUUCAAGAAAACAGAAGCUUCCUUAGAAGUGUGCCUCAUAAGAUUAUAUUCUUAGUUAUUAGCAGCAAAACAAGAAAUUUUAUAGCAUUUGCAGGAAAUUAUAUUAAGAUAUAAGCGCCAAAACAAAGUUGCAAAAUCAGUUCAGAUUUCUCUUUGGAGAUUAAUAUUUUCCAAGAGUAAGUUGUGUUUGUAUACAUUUAUUCUCUCCUCAAAGAAGAAACUAAAUAAAAAUGCAAAUAUCAGACUUAAUUAUUUAAAUAGUGUAGCAAUGGAAAACCUUCAGACAAAUUUCUCCUUAGCUCAGGGCGCAAAUAAGAAACUCAAUUUGAUGGGGGAUGAUGGUAGCCCUCCGGUGAAAAAAAUGAUGACGGAUAUUCAUGCAACUGGAAAAACUGUUAAUAAGGUGCCAACAGUAAAGAAGGAGCAUCCGGAUGAUUAUGGAGAAGCACCAAUGGAAACUGAUGGAGAACUUGUCAAGCGAACGUGUACUUCCAUGCCUGAACCUUUAAAUUUAAACCCCAGUUUGAAACACACAUUGGCACAAUUCCAUUUAAGUAGUCAGAGCUCUCUGGGUGGACCAGCAGCAUUUUCUGCUCGGUAUUCCCAAGAAAGCAUGUCACCCACUGUAUUUCUGCCUCUUCCAUCUCCUCAGGUUCUUCCUGGCCCGCUGCUUAUCCCUUCUGAUAGCUCCACAGAGCUCACCCAGACUGUUUUGGAAGGGGAGUCUGUUUCUUGUUUUCAAGUUGGAGGCGAAAAGAGACUCUGUUUGCCCCAAGUCUUAAAUUCUGUUCUCCGAGAAUUUUCACUUCAGCAGAUAAAUACAGUGUGUGAUGAAUUAUAUAUAUACUGUUCAAGGUGCACAUCAGACCAGCUUCACAUCUUGAAGGUCCUGGGAAUACUUCCAUUCAAUGCUCCAUCCUGUGGGCUGAUCACAUUAACUGAUGCACAAAGACUGUGUAAUGCUUUAUUGCGGCCACGAACUUUUCUCCAAAAUGGUAGCAUACUUCCUGCUAAAAACUCUUUGGCCCAGUUAAAGGAAACUGGCAGUGCCUUUGAAGUGGAACAUGAAUGCUUGGGCAAAUGUCAGGGUCUGUUUGCACCUCAGUUUUAUGUGCAGCCUGAUGCUCCAUGUAUUCAGUGUCUGGAGUGCUGUGGAAUGUUUGCACCCCAGACAUUUGUGAUGCAUUCUCACAGAUCACCUGACAAAAGAACUUGCCACUGGGGCUUCGAAUCAGCCAAAUGGCAUUGUUACCUUCAUGUGAACCAAAAAUACUUAGGGACACCUGAAGAAAAGAAAUUGAAGAUAAUUUUAGAGGAAAUGAAGGAAAAAUUUAACAUGAGAAAUGGAAAGAGAACUCAAUCCAAGACUGAUACACCAUCAGGACUGGAAUUGCAGUCAUGGUAUCCUGUUAUAAAGCAGGAAGGUGAACAUGUUUCUCAGACACAUUCAUUUUUACACCCCAGCUAUUACUUAUACAUGUGUGAUAAAGUAGUUGCUCCAAAUGUGUCACUUACUUCUACUGUAUCCCAGUCUAAAGAGGUCACAAAGACAGAGGCAAGUAAAUCUGUAUCAAGACAGUCAGAGAAGCCUCAUAGUAGUAGUAAAUAUCAGAAAACAGUAUCUUAUCCAGAUGUCUCACUUGAAGAACAAGAGAAAAUGGAUUUAAAGCCAAGUAAAGAAUUAUACAGCCGUUUAGAUCCCUCAUUCUCAAGUAAUUCUACAAGUAAAAAGAAAUCUGAUUCUACCACCUGUGACUUUAGAGACACCAACAAGCAUGAUGCUGUACCUUCAUCUCCGCUUCUUGUCAAAGAUGUUAUUUGUGAGGAUGAUAAAGGAAAGAUCAUGGAAGAAGUAAUAAGAACUUACGUAAAACAACAAGAAAAGCUGAACUCAAUUUUACAAAAGAAGCAACAACUGCAGAUGGAAGUGGAGAUGUUGAGUAGUUCAAAAGCUAUGAAGGAACUCACUGAAGAACAACAGAAUUUGCAGAAGGAGCUUGAAUCUUUGCAGAGUGAACAUGCUCAAAAAAUGGAAGAAUUCUAUGUUGAACAGAAAGACUUAGAGAAAAAAUUGGAGCAGGUAAUGAAGCAGAAAUGUACCUGUGACUCAAAUUUAGAAAAAGACAAAGAAGCUGAGUAUGCAGCACAGUUGGCAGAACUGAGACAGAGGCUGGACCAUGCGGAGGCGGAUAGACAAGAACUCCAAGAUGAACUCAGACAGGAACGAGAAGCAAGACAGAAGCUAGAGAUGAUGAUCAAAGAGCUAAAGCUGCAAAUUUUGAAAUCAUCAAAGACUGUUAAAGAAUAGAAACUGUUAAAGAGAUUCAUCCGUGUAUUAACAGGGUUUUUAUGUUGUUGUUGUUGUUGCUUGCUUUGGCAAAUUGAAUUCUCAGUAUCUUAUUUGCAUGAAGAUAACUACACAUUCUGUUCAUUUGUAGCUCAGAAAAAGUGAAGAGAUUAUAUAUUAGUACAUAAAUUUUUACAUUUUCCAAAUGAAUAAAAAUGUAUGUUUCUUUGUACAUUUUCCCCCCAGUUAGCUUGGUAACAGUAGUGUAUGGUUUGAACUAGUAGAUAAUUAACUAUAUUUCUAAUGCAAAUUUAAUAAUUGUAUACCUUUUAAAAGCUGCAUUAUGGGAUGGAUAAUAGUUGUGGUAAAUUUUGUUAUCCAUAUUUCAGAUUCAAUUUUAAUAAAAAUACAGUGGUAGCAUCAUAAUGCAAAUAUGCAAUACAAAGCUACCCAAGGUGUUGAAUCUUCAUUCUCAGCACAGUCUACUUCUAAGCUGAUACAGUAUACUCAUUGUUGUAUACAAAAUUUGAUUUUACUUUGUCCAGAUUGUGGAAUGAAUUCCCACCAGUUUUUUCCUUUUAAUGUCUCCCUGAGAGAGAUUUCAUUAAUGAAGUUGUAGCACACCCCAUGGACACAGAGAGGAAGUAUGACAUGCUUCUUUUGUUAUUCAUUGCUGCUAAACACAGAAAGCAGUUGCAAUUUGUCUUUUAGUUUAAUUGUGAUUGUAUUUAGG